AAGUGUCAGGAAGUGGUGCUGAGUUGGCAGCAGUAUACACCAUCCCAGAGGAGGCUGUAAAAAGCUCAGUGAGUGGGAGAUGACAGAGCAGCCACACUGCCCAUGCUCGGGGAGCAAGAGAGCUCCAGUAGUGACAUAAAUUAUUGGAAGAGUGUUCAUCCAGGGAAUUGCAGACAGACAAAGCAGCUCUGAUGAAAUGCAUCCCUGUCAAAGGCAGUUUGUUUCAGCUGAGGCUUGAAUAAGAGCACAAGUGAAAAACAGAGUAACCUGGUGAGGGGGAGAGCAAAGUGGAGUCACUGUACUAUAAGGAAGAGGUUUACUCAUUCUGCCCAGAGGCUGAGCCAGCAGAGACAGCAAAGCUAAUGUGAUUCAUUGAAGGAAGACAGUGGACAAUUACCAGCAACUUGUUCACAUUUUUGCCUUGGACAGCCUAAGCUGAAACUCCCAGAAAUGACGCAGCAAAUGCACAGCCUGAGUCUCCUCCAGACCAAGAAGCACAGCAUGCCCUCCUCUCCCAACGCGGCCAAGCGCCUCUACCGGAACCUGUCGGAGAAGCUGAAGGGCAGCCACACGUCCUUCGACGAGGCCUAUUUCCGAGCUCGCUCCGACCGCCUCAGCCUCCGGAAGACCUCCAUGAAUUUCCAGUGCAAUGAAGCAAUGUUUGAGGCCGUGGAACAGCAGGAUCUGGAUGCUGUUCAGAUUCUUCUUUAUCAAUACACACUGGAGGAACUGGACCUGAACACACCAAACAGUGAGGGACUAACUCCUCUGGAUAUUGCCAUUUUGACAAAUAAUGUCCCUAUUGCUAAGACCCUUCUGCAUGUUGGGGCAAAGGAAAGCCCACACUUUGUUGACAUGGAGAGCAGGUCGGUGCAUCUGAGCACGCUGGUGCAGGAGGCGCAGCAGAGAGUGACGGAGCUGUCUGCCCAGGUGGGGAACGAAGGCCUGGGCAUCGACACCACCGAGAGGGAGAAGCAGCUGAAGGCCUGGGAGUGGAGGUCGAGGCUGUACCAGCGCAUGAAGGCCGGCUACGAACACGCCCGAGCCCCUGAGGCGCCAACCAAUGUCUGUCUCAUGGUAACAAGCAGUACAUCACUCACUGUCACCUUCCAAGAACCUCUGAGUGUCAACUCAGCUGUGGUGACCAAGUAUAAAGUGGAAUGGAGCUCUUCAGAAGACUUUUCUCCUUUGGCUGGUGAAAUAAUCUUGGAUAAUCUUCAGUCUUUGAGGUGCUCCAUCACUGGUCUCAGAACAGGCCAGAGGUAUUAUGUCCAUGUUUCAGCGUACAACAUGAGAGGAUGGGGACCUCCAAGGAAAUCUACUCCUGAAUAUGCUUCUCCUUCAAACUGGAAAGACUGCAGUGGAAGAGAAGCUCGGCACAGGGGACACACUGAGGCCCUGGAACGCCUCCUUCAGCAGGUUCGAGCAGCUCAUCAGCACUAUAAUUGCAGAGAAAGUUCUAAAUUACAAAAUGCUGGUCGCAAGCAAUCAGUUUCCAGGAGCCUGAAGCACCUUUUCCACUCAUCGAACAAGUUUGUGAAGACUCUGAAACGGGGACUCUACUUAUGUGUUAUACUUUUUUACAAAGACAAUUUGUUAGUAACCAAUGAAGAUCAAAUCCCAAUUGUGGAAAUCGAUGACUCUCACAGUAGUUCAGUUAUGCAGGAUUUCCUGUGGUUCACAAAGUUGUCUUGCAUGUGGGAUGACAUCAGAUGGCUGAGGCAGAACAUGGCUGUGUCCGUGUCCUCAUCAACAGCCCUCCAGGCCAGGCAGAAGAUGCUUUCAGCAGCAGCACAGCUACAGAAUUUGCUGGGAACUCACAACUUAGGCAGAGUUUUUUAUGAACCAAUCAAGGAUCGACAUGGCAAUAUGCUGAUAGUUACUGUAAGAGAAGUGGAGAGUCUGUAUUCAUUUUUUAAUGGCAAAUGGAUGCAGGUAUCCAAACUACAAAGCCAGAGGAAAUCCCUUUCAACUCCAGAGGAGCCAACAGCAUUAGACAUCUUGCUCAUAACAAUCCAGGACAUACUUUCCUAUCACAAACGAAGUCAGCAACGCCUCCCUCCCGGCCUGUAUCUGGGCUACCUUAAACUCUGCAGUUCUGUGGAUCAAAUCAAAGUGCUGGUGCUGCAGAAGUUGCCCAAUGUCCUGUGUCAUGUUAAAAUCCGGGACAACAGCAAUGUCUCCAAAGAUGAGUGGGAAUGGAUCCAAACACUUUCUGGCUCAGAAUCUGUGGAAAGUAUGGAUCAUACUUCAGACUGCCCUACUCAAUUGUUCUUGUACGAGCUCCAGACGGCAGUGAAAGCUCUCCUCAAACAGAUCAAUCUACCUCUGCAUCAGGCAAAGCACUUCCGUCUGUACACACAGGAGGUGUUGGAACUGGGUCACAAUGUCUCCUUUCUUCUCCUGCUCCCCGCCUCAGACGACGUCUGCACUGCCCCAGGACAGAAUAAUCCUUACACCCCACACUCAGGAUUUCUUAACCUCCCUCUUCAGAUGUUUGAACUCGUUCAUUUUUGCUGUUACAAGGAAAAAUUUAUAAGCCUGUAUUGCCGCCUUUCUGCUGUCAUAGAGCUGGACUCUCUGAAAACCCAGCAAUCCCUGAGGGAAGCAAUUUCAGACAGUGAAGUCGCUGCAGCCAAACAAAGACACCAGCAAGUUAUAGACUACAUACAGCAAAUCGAUGAGAUCUGGAGGGAGAUGAGGUGGAUCACAGAAGCACUGCAGUAUGCAAGGUACAAGCAGCCAGCAGCUGGCCUGCCCAUAAGGAAGCUUGUGGAUCUUUCAGAAGAACACCCUCAAAAGAAAAUGAGCUCCACCUCUUCACAUCUAGACUGUCUUCCUUCACCUCCCCCUUCCCCUGAGGCCAGAAUCCAGAGGAGAAAAGCUGUGAGUGACUCCCAGCCCUGCUCAGACGAGGAAGGCUGCUCCGAAGUGUUCCUCCCAACCGACAGCGACUACGACUCCAGCGACGCGCUGAGCCCCAGGGAACUGGACCUGAUUUACUCCUCGUCCCAGGACAUCUCCCAGCAGGCCGGCAGUGGCCUGGGAGGCAGCGCUCCCGACGUCCUCCAAGCCCACGACAUGAAGCCCUGCCUGGCAGUCCAGGGGGGCCCGACGGAGCGCGAUGCCUUCGAUCCUCACGCCGAGUGUUGCACGGAGUCCAUGAGCAGUCUGACCGUGGCGGGGCUCACAGAGAAGAGCACAGACAAGUCCUCCAGCUCCAAGCAGCCGCUGGGCUUCUUGGGGAAAAAAAAGCUCGGGAAGCACCAGCAUUACAACUACUUCGGCCGGCAGCACCGCUGGCUGCGCGUGUACAGCGAGACACAGGCGGGCUCCCUGUCUGAGGGGGUCUACACUCAGCAUCUCAUGAGGUCUCCAGAUUUGUCCCAAGAACCUACCUCCGGCGAGCAGUUAAAGACUCCCCCCGAUGGGUCUCGGAGCACUUUCGUACCUCAUGCGUCCAGCCUUCCAGAAGGUGAGCAAGGCAAGUACGAGGAACCAAGGCAGAAUGUCCACAGGAUACACGUGGAGCCUUAUGAAACGACAUUUGUGCACGAGGAGGGCAAGCCCUGGGCAGUGAGCACACGGUCUGUAGGACACGCAGAUGUGCACAAUGCUAUGCAACAGACCACGGGUCCAGAUGAGCAGCCGGUUUCUGCUGUCCCAGAAGUCUUCAGCAGCACCCUUUAGCCCCAGAAUCCUGCAUGGCUUCCCAUGAGAUAAGAGCAUUAUGCACAUAAGGCCAUACUUGCAAAACCACUGGUAAAAAAUCCAGCUCCUGAAACGGCAACUCACGCCACCCAGAAGAAUCCUGAUCCUUUGACUUCCUCACCAGGUUUCUGGUCUCACAGAGGCAUCAUCUGUCAGGAUGUGAGCAUUAUUAUUAUUAUUAUUAUCAUUGGCAUCUGCAGGUUGGCAGGAAGAGUCGUAACAAUCACCACAUAACAGAACAAUCUGUGGCUGCAAACCCAGUAACAGCAGGUCUCUUGAUGUCCAUGUUUCUCUGAGCAUGCAAAAUUUUAAGCAUGAGUGGUUCUGCCUGCGAGUUAGCAGAAACUUGGUGUCCUCAUAUUAGGGCUGUGUCCUAAACUUCUAUUUACCUGUUUUCUGCUGUUUCUUGUAAAUUUUUCUACUUCUCAGUCUUGUCAAGUGGAUUUAGGUUGGAUAUAACUGGAGUGCUAACUGGUCUAGUAACACAAAUAACCCAGAGUUUCUAGGCAUUCAAAGAAAUGAAAAUUCUUUCAAUAUCUACGAAAUGCAGCCAACACCAUCUCUGAUGUUGUCAGAGCCUGACAUAAUUAGCACAAUGGGGUUUUUUUCAGGAGCUUAGAUUUCAAAUCAUUUAUGUAGCAAGUUAUUUUAAAACCUUAGGAGGUGAACCUUUGAGGCCAAGCGCAGAAUGAGGGCAGGUUCUGGAGGGAAAAUAUGCAGGGUCUGUAUGAGAAUGAAGCAAAGUUUAUCUUUUCUUCUGCCACCACACAUUUCAUUAUGUUGGAAUCACUGUCACAACACCCACUGGAAACAAAUGCCCCUAUUUUUGUUCCUGAAUAUUCAUUGUAAUUUGAUCACCACGUCUGAAAUUGGGAUAUUCUGGCAAUUCAGGUUAGGGAAAUUUGGGGUGCAGUUUGAAUCUAAGAUUUUAUCUUUGGGCCCCAAACAAAUGUUCAUAUCAUAAGGAGGGUGGGAGGUGGUGACUUUUCCUCCUAUAUUGUUUAAUGGCAGAUUACAGUGAGUCAGGAUUUUGUCCUUUACAAGCACAGUAAGACUUCAAGAACUACAGAAGAUGAUCUCAAAAAUGAAAUCUACAUUAAUGAGAACCAUAACACUGGAGUCACUAAGAAACGAACUAAUGUGGAGAGAAACCCCAGCUGUUGCACAAGCUUUAAUUUUUCUUAAACAGUUCUUGAAGUUUAAUUUUAUAGGCCACAUUCCUGCUGGUUAAAUUCCCUCACUCCGUGUUUGCGCAGCCUUCUACCUUUCGGUUUUCCAGCCUCCAGGUGGAUACAUUCUAAGGCCCCCAAUAAAGAGAUUUGAGUUAAAUAGUUGAGUUUACAAGUCCUUGAGGUAAAGGUAAGGAUUUGGGCCCAUGAUCUGUGGUCCUUAUUAAAAUAGCACUUCCAUAACCCCAGUGCUAUUAAAAUCCCUGUGAACUCAAUCCAUAAAUUCAAAAAUAAAUGUUAUUCACUAUUUUAUGCUUGGUCAGUGUGUGGAAGCCAAGAAGAGUCUUUGCAGUGAUAGGAAAGGCAAAAAAACUUUCUCACAAGGGAUUUGCAUUUGUAACUUCUCUUUUUGGGAGCGGGAAGUUAACUUUUUUGCACCAAAAAUAUUCAUUCAUUACCUGAUCCAAAGCCCAGUGAGGAUGGAAAGACUUCCAUUCACUCCCACAGGGUUUGGAUGAGACCCACACUGAAAAUUCCUGUGGGUGAGAGCACACGGGGGGAGCAGAAGCGUCAGUGCCCGUUUGCAGUUAAAAGGACACCCAUUGUGUGGAGCUGGGACUGGGGAAAGCCUGACUCACCCUCCAGAGCCAAGCUGAGAUGGCUGACUGUCACCGAAGGCACUCGCAGCUGGUUGCUUUAGAUUCUGUUCAUUAGCAGAAGGCUUUGCACCAGGGAGACAAACAAUGUGAUGCUCAUAUGCAGAGCCAAAAUAAUUUACACCGUUUUCUAGUGCCCCACCCCUCCCCUAAUCUGUCUCACCUCCAAGUAAAACUGCCAUAAAACUGUCUGUUGGAGAAUAAAAAUAACAAUGCACUGAGGCCAUAUAUUUUUGCAGGAAGUGACAAGAUAAAACAAGAUAUUUCUAAAAUAAACCCACCUCACUUUGCUCUGGAUCAUCAGGAACAGCGAGGGCAAGAAGUAGCAAAAUCUUCAGCAGACAGGCACGCGCUGCCGGUGAGAUAAGGAUGGAAAAA